GUUUGUCAACACUCAAUCUCAAUCACUUUACUGUGUGAACUUCCGAAAUUGAUCACGGGUUGAGUCCCAGACGGAAGAGAUUUCAUACCGGUGCCGAGUAGGAAUGUGAAGGGUGGUGAGGUGUUUCUCACUGUUUCGAAUGCAUUCAAAAUCUGGAGCGAUUCCAAGGAAUGAGUCGGAGCAGUUGGAAUCGUGAAUCAUGCUCGAUCUUGGAUGUGCUUCAGUCACAAUUCUCACCUAUUGCUGCUACCUUGCGAUUCUUCAUUUCUCCGCUACAUCAGCUGAGUUCAAAAGCAUUAACUUCACAGCAUUUCCAGAACCCUUAGAUGCGCCCAUUGGAGACGAAAUCAGUUUUCAAUGCACCUUAAACGUUGAACCAAAAGAAUACCAAUGGAAGCAUGAUAACAAUACCCUUGCUCAUAACAAAUCACUUCUCACAUUCAAUGUCACCGGCACAAGCUCUCUUGGUGAUUAUCAGUGUAUAGCAUGGUACGGCAGUCAAACAGCCCUUGCCUCCAAGAGUGCUCGGUUGAGUCUGGCGGAACUGCAGCCAUUCCCUGAGCAGCCAAGCAAAGAAUUUUACACUGUAUCGAAGGGAAACACUUUCACUAUCUACUGCGCUCCACCUGUGAGCAACCCAGCACCAGACAUCAAGUACAGCAAAGAUGGCGCUGGGCUCCCUGCUACCGCGUCAACUCUUCCAACAACAGGAUCACUCCUUCUGGUCAAUGUCACAGAAAAAGACUCUGGAACUUAUUCCUGCUCGGCGUCCAAUUACAUGCUGUCCACCACCUUCCUCUCUCCAAAGAGCUUUCAAGUGAAGGUGGUUGACGGUCAGCAAGUGGAAAAACCCAGAUUCCUUCGAGAGCCGCAGUCAUCGUAUGUUGUUCAAACAGGGUCAAACACUACUCUAGAAUGUACUGCUGUGGGCCAACCGAUUCCUUCAAUAUCCUGGCAGAAAGCCAACGGUCCGUUGCCUCAAGAUCACGCAGAAGUUGUGCCGGGAGGUUUAACUCUCUACAAUGUAACUCUCGAGGUUGCGGGGAAAUAUAUUUGUAGUGUUUCCAAUGGCAUUGGUCCUACAAUAUCCCGUGAAAUAGUGGUUCAAGUGCAAGAGGCACCCGAGGUAGUCGAAGGUCCAACCUUAGAUGUGCAGCACCCCUUAGAAGGAGAGAAAUUAACAUUAACAUGUCAAGUUAAAGGGACUCCCGAGCCAACCGUAACGUGGCUGUUGAAUGCUCAGUCAUUAGAAAAGGAUAAGAGCGCUGAAGUCUUAGGAGAUAAAGGAAAUGUGCUGAAGAUAUGGAAUGUGGAAAAACGUCAUGCUGGUAUAUAUCAGUGCUUUGCAACCAAUCCUAUUGGAUCUGAUUAUGGAGCAGCAAUGGUGAAUGUAGCGCCUAAAGAGGUUAAAUUUGAAAAAGAAGAAUCAUCAACAAGGCCCUCUCAAAAUUCUGGAGGAAAAGAGAGAAGGGGAGGAGGACGCCACAGAGGAGGAGGCAGAAAUAAAAAAACAGUGAUAACACCAGAACCCAAUAUCACGAGACUGACAGACAAAGAGGUCAUGUUGCGGUGGACUGUACACUACAAUGGUCCACAUAGCAUUGACAUCUUCAAAGUCCAGUACAUGGAGAAGUCUUCCAGGAAAAUUCAAGGACGAGAAUGGUCUACGAGUAACGACAUUGAUAAUUAUACUCGUGCUUUUGAAGUUUCUAAUCUGGAGCCUGACCGGCGAUACAAGUUCCGGAUAUCAACUGUGUUCUUCAACUAUGAGUCUGUGACCGGCCCCUCGACUGGUUGGUACAAAUUGACCAAAGACGACCCUUCAGGCAAACCGCCACCCAGUAUGCCAAUAAUAGUACAUACUGAAACUGAAAGCCCAACUUCUGUGAAAGUCAAGUGGAAUUACAACGACUCCGUCCAAAAUCCAAUCGAAGGCUUCUACCUGUAUUACUGUCGCUCAGAUGUGGGCAAUUGUCCAUACAAGCAAGUAGAGGUGCCGGGAAAAGACACUCGAGAAUUCAUCGUCACUAAUCUCACAGCAAAGAUGUCUUAUGAUUUUAAAAUAAGAUCAUUUACACCAUUUGCUGCCUCUCCUCUCAGUCCUCUGAAAAUGCAAAUAACCAAGGAGGGUGACCAGCAUCACAAGCCGGAAGAUGUGGGCGAUGUAGGGAAAGAACCAACUCCGGAGCAACCUACACCCAACCUUUAUCUGUACAUCGGUGUUGCUGUUGGCGGAUUUGGACUGUUCAUUGUUGUUUGUUUUCUCUGUUGUUGCUUUCGGAGGCACUCGAGCUCAGAAUCUGAUGAAGAUGGAACAGAGUCCUGCAGUAAAAUUGGAGACACAACACUCACUAUACAACAGCUAGAACCUAUCUCGAUGAAUGGUUACGCAAACCAUGGGAAUAGCCUAAACCAUGGGAAUAGCCUAAACCAUGGGAAUAACCUAAACCAUGGGAAUAACCUGAACCAUGGAAAUAACCUAAACCACGGGAAUCACCUAAACCACAAUGGAAAAAUGUUGAAUGGUCGGACCCCACAGCGUAAUGGGUUUAAUAAUUACCCCGGAAUGACAAUCACAAACAAUCCCUUGGCUGAGUCUGAGCAAAGCAAGGUGUGUUUUCUAAAUGUGAUGGAGCUUUCAUAUCUCUCCAGCCAAAACAACAACUGUUCAGCAGAAGGGAGCAGUAAUUGAUGCAACAAUGGUUUUGGCCUCAACAGAUAGCCAUUCCCGUUUUCAUGACAUCAUUAUUUCUUUGACAAUCUUUCUGAAUCGGACUGAUUUCUGUGACAAUCACCCAAAAGGGUGAGCCUCUCAAUGAAAACGAAUAUUGGUAUCCACUAAUGCUGUCCAGUUGACUCAUCUAGUUAUAUUUUGAAAAUCUUGUUUAUUUCUGAAAUUCUAAUGUAAGACUGUAAAUUUUGUGAAUUUCUUUUGUAUCUAUUUCUGUUUUACUCAGUGGAAUUUUGUUUGCCCAACUAGAGCAAACAAAAGAAGCUCCUAGAGCUUGUGGAAUCAUCUCUUGAAACUAGAACAAAUUUUGACUGUGAUAUUUUUUUCCUGUUUGCCAUUUAAUUCCUAUCAUGGAACCCUAUUGCCAUCUAGAAAGUGAGAGAAUUGCCUGGAAUGAUGUUUCAAAGAAACUUCAAUUAUAACUCCAGGUCAAAAAUCUUAGUUUUCUUUAAGUCAUAUUUUCUUCUUUGCAUUUUUGUGGCAAAUAUACUGUGUUUCAUAAUUUAGACCAGCUCAAUUUAGAAUGUUUGACUUGAAAUCUGUAUGUAGCUUAAUUUUCAAAUUCACGGUCCUGAUGUGAUAUAAAAUGGCAGAAUAUUUCCGAGUGUACUUUAAUGUGUACCUGUCAAAAUUUUCCAUGUUUAGACAAUUAUAAAAUGGUCGAAUUUUCCAAUUGAUCUAUUUAGUCGAGUUUUUCAGGUACAAAAGAACUGGAACCGCAUCUAGUUAUCAUGGUUUUUAACAAAGGACCCGAGUAUAUUGAAACUCAUCAUGGAAUACUUAUUUAUAUCUCCGGAUGAAAUAAUUUAGAGGAUCUCUAGAAUCUUAAUGAUUAUCAUCAAUCAAUACCAAAAAAAAGACUGCGUUUGAAAAAUCCUCCUGGCACUAAGUCUGUAUUUCCGUAUUGGUUUUUUUAACAAAUAUCGUACUUGUAUCGGAUGGAAGUUAUGAAAAAGUGAUUGAUUUGGAUUUUUCAAACUGUAUUUUCUCUCAUGUCUAUAUGCUUUCUGAUAAGUGCCAUUUUUUUUAUUUCUGCCAAAAAAAAAAAUGCAUUUUUCUGCAUUUUGGACUUAUGAAAGGCUUCAUAAACUGUGUCCUAGGGGGAUGUUGUAUUCAGGUGUUCAGGAUAUAGAAUUGACGAGGGAGCCCAAUUCUCUAACUUGUUUGAGUAGCAUGCGGUUUAGUAGCCGGUCUGAAAACCGGACUCAAUUUACUUCAUUUCUCAGCUUGUGAUAAAUGAACACAACAGAAUUGUGUGGGGAAAGGCAACAACCAGAUUUUAAGAAGUCAGAAGACAAGGUGCUGUCCUUAACUCAGAUUAGCUUGAAAAUUUAGGUUUCUAGUUUGUUUUCUCCCCUUGAACCACAUAAACCAUGCCUUGAACCGCUCUGUCCAUCCCACUAUGAACUCAUUUUUUCAUACUGAACUCUGAGCCAUCAAAGUUCAAAGUUUUGAAAGCAAUUUAGAUCAAAUAAUUAACAUUACACAAAAGUUGCUGAUUCUGCGGAUAUAUUAGACUCAUAGACUACAACUAUUUUAAGCAAUAUUAACCGUCUAAGUUUUGAAAGGCAAAAAUUAUUUUUUUAUAUUCUUGCUCAUUCUACUAUCUAAUUUUUGUAAGAGAACAUUUUAUAGCCGUUUGUCGUAUCAAUUAUUUUGUACCUCAAAGAAGUGUAAUCUCCUGAAGCACCUCCUGGUACUUUUUCCAACGAGUUUGGAUGAAAGUCAGUUCCAGAUUUCUCUACAUGAAAAUCCUUAUAUUAUGUGUUCCUACAUAAUUUUCACUCAUAACUCAAUGAUUAAAAUGUCCCACCGAGUGUGAAUGAAGUAUUUAACCUUUCAUUGUCUCUAAGUAACAUCCAAAAUCUGUCAGUAACCUUGUUAAUAGGACAUAUUUCUACUUGGUAUCAUUUUCUUGUUUUUAUUCCUCACGAUGUCUACUAGACCUGUAUGAUCUCAUAAUUUCCUCUCACUGCAUUUGCCAACAAGUAUUUAAAACCCACAAUUACUCCUCUUAAUUGGUAUAAUUUUAUACGACUUACUGAAAUCUAUUGUCUUUUCUUGCACUGAUGUUUUGACUGCCUUAACUAUUAAAGUCUGGCUACUUUUGUGUCUCCAACCCAACGAAUUGAGCCUCAUCCAUCUAGUAUUGGAAAGUCUCGAGUAGGAAAUAUAGUCUUUAGCCUAUUUAUUGCUCAAUUUUCAAGAGCCUACUGUCUCAGUGGCAACGUCAUUUUUAAACUUGUGUAUUUUUGCUAGUCUUUCAAAUUAAGAUCAAAUCAGGUAAGCAUGAUCUAAAUAAGUACUGUACUCUCUCUCUCUCUCCAUAACGAAUUGGCAACGGAUGGAAAGGUUUUUUGUUAGAACGAAGAGCGCUCAACAAAAUCACAGAGGUUUGUUGACGAGAAGUUUCCUUUGUCACAUAGAAACUUUUGUUACAAAGGGUCUUUUUAUAGAGAGAGAGAGUACUGUAUAUUUGAUCAAUUUUCCAGCCAUUAUCAAAUUAUUGAGCACCUGUGUUCCUACUAUGAGAUUUUAUUUGCAUUUCAUUUAGCGCGAAGGAACCAGCGUGAUUACAGUGUUGUUAAAAUGAUGCUUCUUCAUAAUUAUUCAAACAAUUUCUCAGAAUAGCAAAUCGUUUUUACCUCCCGCAAAAAAACUGUUAAUUUUAAAGGGAAAUAAUUGUGUUAAUUUUAGAGUUCUGCAUAUGUUAAGUAUCUUUAAAAGCAUGGGAAAAGUUACACGAUUUUAAAAACACUGUAUUCCCGCUGGUUCCCGUUUGCUAAAUAUGAUUCAUUUGUGGCGAAGCUUUCAAAUUGCUCUGAAACUCUCUCUGAACUGAACUCAAUAAACAUGAAGUAAAGAGCUCACAAAAUUGAGUAAGUUUUGCUUUUAGUCUAUUAUUGAUCAUCAGAGAUUUCAGCAUUUGUCCAUUAAUAUAACUCCUUACAAUUUUAUUGCAUCAAAUGUAUUUUAUUUAAUUUUUUUUUUUCAAUACAAAAAGGUCAAGAGAAGUAAAUGCAAGAAAUUUCAUAGCUCAUCAAAGAUGAAUUACCAGUCAAACAAUUUAAGUUGAGCAUGAGCGUUACAGUCCGUAGACACUUGUCUGUCUUGUAUAUCCCACGGAACUACUUAAUUUAACUGCUUAUCAUUUGUAUAGUGUUAAAACUUUAUUUUUUUGUAUCAACGAACCCGGUAUUACUAAAGAGCUUUCUCAAAAAGCUUACCUUCUUUUAAUUCUUGUAAGUUUACUUUGUAGUUUUUUUCCCAUCAUCUUUGUAUUUUUCAAAUUAACAUGGUGUAAUUUUCCCUCCAACAUUUUUUUAUCUUUGUUGGAGAUGAGAGUGAUGUCUGAAAUUUAUAAUUACUUAGACUAAUUUUGUUAAUUUGAGUGUUUGGACAUUCUGCACUCCAAACAUUUGAUCAUCCAAUUUAUUUGGAACCAGGGAUUUUUUUAUAGUAAAUUGAUAUUUGCAUUUAAAGGCCGUUAUUUUCCUUAAAAGUCUUCCUAUGUAAUUUUCAGGGUAUCAUAGUCUUGUAUAGAAAUUUCUCAAUGAGGACGAUUGAUAUCCUUUCAAUUAAGACUCUGCUUCAAAAUAAAGAAAAAUGAAUAAGUUUUUACUCCUGCCGUUAUCAAGUUACACCGAAGAAUGAUCAAUACUAAAACUGUGAUGCUGGCUUUUCUCUUAGUGGACAGUUGAGUCCUUCCUUGCCCUUGCAACUCAGUGGAAUAUGGAAAGACCGUGAAUACGAGUUUGAAAACGAGUUUUAAAAAUGGGUUGGCCAGCAAAAUCAUGUUUUUUUUUUGCACAACCGCUGUAAAAAUCAAGUGGUUUUUUUGUGCAAAAUAGCGACAUUACAUAUGUAUUGAGUCUUAUGAAGGUCAUCACUUGGAAAUUGCUGAAGAAAGAGGGGUUUCUAAAAUGAGAGGGCCAAGAACUAUUCAUAUCCCGAAUGAAUAUUGCUGUCAACGAUUGCUCCACACUGAUCCCAUGGUAUGCUAACUUUUAAGUGUUAAUGUGUAACGGUCUUUGGAAAUAGUGACAAAUCCAGUGUUGUUCAAAUACGAAAUUGGUAACAGGGUAUUGAGGCAUGAAAAAAACUUGUUAAAGCCCUCCAACACUUCAGUCUAAAAAAUGAAUGUAGACAAACUAAAAGCUUAUCAUGUAUAACAUUGAAAACUUGAGUCGCAAUUAUUGAAUUCCUGUUAAAUUGUAUGUAAAUUUGUUUGUAAGUCUUGGUGUGCUUAGCACAAUUUUAAAUCUUAGUAUGCUAAAUUCUACUUACAUGCUGGGUUUAUAUUGAUUUUCUGUCAAUAGAAUUUACAUCUGUAAAGAUGUAACUUAUUACUGAUCAAGGUAAUUUUUUAGACAGCUGUUGUGCGAUUUUCCCGUUGUUGAUCUUAUAUUUGUUUUGCAAAAACUUCUGCUGAUCCUUUUGUUUUUCAUCCUAAUAUGAAGGCUCACUAUUUUUUCUUCCUUCAUUAUUUGAAGGAAAUUAUCUCUAAUGUUUAUCCACUGAAAAUUAUUCUUUAUGCGGCAAUUUGUAUGGAUCAUUAGACCAGGUAUUAAUCAAAGGCGUUAAACCAGGUAUCAAACCAAAAACAGGUAUCAAAGGUAUUAAACCAGGCAUUAUCAAGUAUGUUUCCUAUUCAAAAUUUCACAUAGGACAUGAUUUUCACAACAAAACUCGCUGAAAUCUACUCUUAAUGAAAAUAUUUAUGUUUUUAUCUAGCGCUGGGUAUGGAAAAUUUGAAUUCCUUGUUCACAAGAAAAACGUGAGUGGACAUGUAUUAAAGCGUGCACUAUAAUGAUCUUGGCAGGCUUUUUAAUCAAGCAGUGUUCCUUCCCUUCCCUGUGUUGUUCCAAGUGAAAAUAACGCACAACUUGUGAGCUGAAGUGCCAAUAUUGAGGCUGGCAUAUUUUCAUGCCUCAGACUGUUACAAGAACAUUUAGUGUGCGAUUUAACUCAAGUAGAUUAUGGGGUUUUUUUUUCUGAAUGGAAAGUUUGAAUUUAUGCAUCAAAAAACGUAAUAUUUUAGUCAGGAGAUACUUUCAAUAAUUUUCGUUGCAUAUCAGAAAGCACAUAUCAUGUUACUCAUGUAGUCCUCUUCUAUUUGGCAUAUUAACAUUUGUUAUAUUAUACCUUUGGAUCCCGAUUUCCUUUUUGAAAUUUUUGAACUUUCCACGCAACAAUGGCCAUUGCGUAAGUAUCAUUUUAAUUCCGAAUUUUAUAAUGUUAAUGUGACAAUUCCAAAUAUAACUAUUUAAUAAUUUCGAAAUUGCCAUUGUCUUGCGAGAAGUUCAAAAAGGAGAUCGGGAUUAUAUUGAGAUACAAAGGAAUAUCAUGACAAACGUAUCACAUUUCUUAAGCAAGCAUCUUGUCGAGUUAUCCAUUGAAUUCUUGAGCCAAUUUCAAAGAAACGAGGACAAUAAUUCAUGUUAAAUUAUGUAUACUUUGAAGCAAAUUGUCAUAAGAAAUUCUUUUCAGUAUUAGCAGUCUUUGAAAAGAAGCUGAAGUAUUUAGAAAAAAAUCUUGUUUCUCUAUUUAAGGUGAAUGCCACCCGUAUAAAUUUUUCUUGACUGAUUAAGGUGCCUUGGGGUCAAGUAUCCCAUUUUUUACAUUAUUUAUGUAGGUAUUCAUUAAGGUCAAGCCCCGAAUUCUAUUUUUCUUAUUUCUUUUCUUUUCAAUUUUCUACUAUUUAUACCUUUCAUGGACAAAUAUCCAUUGAAGUCUCCAAUAAUACAAAUAGAAGAUGCAGGUUUUCUUUGGAAUUUUUUUUUGAAAAUUCCGAAAAAAAUUAACAAAAAAGAAAGUUCAUUUUUUAAUUAUAUUUUGACAUGUAAACUAACUAACAUCUAUCGAGAUUUCAUCUAGCAGAAGGAAAUAUGCAAUUACUAUAGUGUUUUCACAGAGCAACUUCUUUCUUGCUUUCAAAGAUGAAUCGUUAUUUUUAAAAUGAGCAGAAAUCCAAUUUUUUAAACCAUUUAUUCUUUUGCAUUUUUGACGCUCUAUUUACCUGACAUUCGUGUUUCUGUGCGUCUGUCACUUGCGCUCUAAGAAGUGAACUUCUGCUGCUUUCUCGGGUAAUAUGGUGAGAACACCUGGAGAAUUCAAAAAUGCAAGAAAAAUAAAAGAUCAUGAAAAAUGGAUUUCCAUCUUUUUUAAAAGCACUGACUCAAAUACUAAUUAUUUGUAUAGAAAUGAAAAUUAUCCAAUUUUUCCUCUAAAAGUAACAAUUUUUUGGUUGAAAAACAAAUUAUUCGGUAUUCUAGGCAUUUUUCAACAUUAACCUUUUAUGGUAACAUUCUCAUUGAACUUUUUGAUAAAAAUAUAAAAUGCAAUCUUGAAGCAAAAAUUUCAUUACCUACUAAAUUUUCUGAAUGGACAUUCUGUGCCUUACAAUUCUUAGAAGAUGUCUUCUAUCUUCUAUUUUCUUUUGUUCUCUUUCGAAGCUUCUGUAGUGCCUUAAGUCAUGCCUAAUAUUUAUUCUUGUUUAUUACAAUGUUUUGAAAAUACUAAUUCAUCCAAAAUUUUUAGUGCCUAUAAUUUUUGCCCAGUGUCAAAUUAUGUAACUCUCAACUUUUGCAAGGUUAUUUAUAAGACUGAAAAAAUGUAAUCAAUGAAAUGACUUUGCUAACUUAGAAUUUUUGUAAUUAAUUAAUGUAAUUUGUUUCUAAUUCUCUUUUUUCACUGUGUGUUCGGUGCUAUUGUAAAUUAAUUCUUUUCUCUCUGUUUGUAAUUCUUUGUAAAAAUGCACAAUUUUGUAUUUCUCAAAAAUGAAUAAAUUUUUCUUUUCAAGUUA